AUGAAGUGUGGGUUUAAUUGUGACUAUAUUGGUUCUGGACCUAAACUGAUAAAACCUGAUGAUGAGGGAAGACUGAGUUCCUGCACGCCUGCCUGUUUGGAAGGUUCUUGUACAGACUGCACGAAAGAGUAUGAGAAGUUGUCAUCUCUUGGCUCACCUAUUAGGAGCCCCACAUCUAUAGAACUGGACCGGGACAGCAAACCUUUGCAUAAUAAAGAAAACCAGCAUGUGCAAUGAGUCCUUGACAGUCCAGAUGAAACAGAACUGGAGAGUAGUAGAUUUUAUGAAGACAGUGGAUAUGCCUCAUUCUCUCAGCCAAGCAGACUCUUUGAACAAGAUGAGGGGAGCCUCCUGUUGGAGGAGAGUUUUUGUGAGAGUCCACACUCCUGCCUGCCACAGAUACAGAGCCCAGACCAGUAUCCCAGCAAAAGUUUACUGCCAGUUCUUCAUUUUGAGAAAGUUGUUUGUUCAACGUUAAAAAAGACUGCCAAGCGAAAUCCAAAAGUUGAUCGGGAGAUCAUUAAAAAAAUUAUAUCUACUGGAAAUUUUAGACUACAACAUUUAAUUGGCAGAAAAAUGGGCUUGGAGUGUGUAGAUAUUCUCAGUGAACUCUUUCACAGAGGACUCAAACUUCUCCUAGUAGAUAUUUUAUCCCAACUGAGUGAUAUGGACUUAAUCAAUGUGGCUAGAGUGAGUACAACUUGGAAGAAGAUUCUCGAAAAUGAUAAGGAGGCAUUCCAAUUGUAUAAUAAGGCAAUGCAAAGAGUUUCUGAAAAUGUUGCCAAGUUUUCUCCAUAUCCAUUAACCAGAGACCAUGGGUUCUUCAGAACAGCAUUAGCUUCUAUUCAGAAAUCAGCAGCGCAGACUCUUUCCCACAGAGACCCUCAAGCAAAGUUGUCCAAUCGAGGUGAUCAGCAGAGUUCUACUUACAGUCGACACAGUGAAUUCUCUGAGGCUGUAAAGACUUUAAAAAAGAAUGAAAGCCUCAAAGCCUGUGUUCGCUGUAACUCGCCUGCAAAAUAUGAUGACUAUUUACAGCGGGCCACCUGCAAACGAGAAAGCUGUGGGUUCGAUUACUGUACAAGGUGUCUCUGUGAUUACCAUACCACCGGAAACUGUUCCAAUGGCAAGACUUUAAAAGCAGGGUAUAAAAUGGGACCUCUGCCUGGUUCUAAAAUGAGCAAGAAGAAUUUACGAAGAUUGUGA